AUGCGGCAAUCGACGCCAGCACCCGCUGACGAGCCAAACGGCCCUCCACCCUUGAUUCCUGCGGACCCUGAAACACCCAAGGGCCGCUUGGUCGCUGCCAUCUGGGACGAGGACGUCGACGCCGUGGGGCAUGUCUUGGAUCAGAACCCCAACCUGGCGAGCGCCACGCUUGCUCACCACGGCCUGUUACAUCGCCGCUGGCUCGGCGAAGUCCAGCGAAAGGAGGGCUUCUUUUUGCGGGACCGGAGCAUGCUGACCGAGCCGGCCGUCAUCUUCGCCGCCAAGAUUCCGUUUUACAAGAACAUCUACCGGUCAACGAGGACCAUAUCGGUCGAGAGCCUCGCCGUCCUCCGGCUGCUUGUGGAUCGCGGAGCUUCACUGCGUCGGCUGUACCCGGAUCCCGAGCGCUGGACAAAGUAUGGUAUAUUCGAAGCGUGUUCCCAGUACGACAGCCCGGAGGCGAUGAACCUCUUGGCCCGCGCCGGUGCAGAAGUUGACAUCAAGCGUGCCUGGGGUCCCGUGGGACUGGGAGCGCUGGCACUGCAGUACGGCGCGCCGCGGACUCUGCGAGCACUUUGUGACCUCGGUGCCGCCUAUGUCCCCUUUCCAGACGGCCUGCCGGGCGGCAGCUUGGAGCAUUUUACGCCGGAACCUAUUGUUCAGGCGGCGCGAAGCGGGCACGAAGACGCCAUAAAGGUUUUGCUGGAGCUGCUGGACCAUUCUCAGUGGACGAGGCAAAUAUCUCACGGAUUCGACUUUCCUCUCACCGUUCUUGAUGCAGUGCUCCUGGCUGCAACGGACGUCUUAGUGCCCAGGGACGACGUGGACGAGCCCAUUGAACCGAACCGGCCGUGGCUUGGUCAGAUCCCGUGGGUGGUGCGGCAAGAGAGGUUGGUCCAUCUCCUCUUGGACGCCGGAGCCAACCCAGGUGCCACCGACAGCGCGGGCAGAACGGCCUUUCAGUGUGCCUGUCGUUGGGCUGGCGAUGCCUUGAUCCGUCGCUUUUCGCACGCUAUACCUGGCGGCGUCGAUCAGCAGCUCCCCUACCUGGAUUGGCACGAUAAAGGCUCGUAUGAGCGGGAGACCAUCCGUACAGGCGAAAAGGUGACGUUUCUGCACGUCGCUGCCGGUUAUCACAACGCCGCUGCUGUGUCGUGUCUGCUCGACGUGGGUGCUCAAGUGCUCUGCGACGAGUACGGGCGCACACCACUUCACUGGUGCUUCUUGACGAGGGACGACUUUGUCCAGGCAGAGGUGCGCACCAUGGCAUCGUUGACACAAGGUGUGCGAGAGCUUUACGAAAUGGAACACUGGGAACAGCAAAUCAUGCCGUGGGCUCCAUCCGUGGACGUGAUCGCGACGUUGCUACCCGCAGUCGAAGAUCUGAGGGGGAGGGACGCCUCGAGCCCAAGCGUGCUUCACUUGGCUGCGCAGACCCGCCACUGGGAAGCCAUGGCGGUGCUCAUCACGAAGGGGUUCAAUCCAGCCACGCGAGACGAACACGGGCUCACGAUAUUCCACCUCAUGGUCACAGCGCCGAAGCCAGCCGUGGGUGAUCCGGAGCACCGGGCGUACAUGCUCGGCCUCGAGUUCUUGCGUGAGGUAUUGCGGGACAGGCCUGACAUUGGUCUCAACGGCGCGGGCCCAAACGGUUUGACGGCGCUGCAUGAAGCCUGUGAUCUGGGGCACGUGCUAAUGGCCCAGCUCUUCUUGACGCUGGGCGCGGAGCCGAACUGUCGAGAUGGCGUAGGCUGGACGCCGUUGUGCUGUGCGGUGGCAUCGCCGUGCCAGGAUCGGGGCGACGCGCUGGAGCGCUUGUCGCCGGCCGAAGCGACGGACAGGAGGGACAAGGCGCUGUACAUGAAGGACAUGCUGCUCGAUGCCGGCGCGGACCCAACGCUAAGGACGGACUCUGGCCUUACGGCGGAGGAUAUUGAGCAUGAUAUUGCGACGAAGCUGGCGGACUGUGUCAGUAGGUACGCUGAGGAUCUGUAUGAUUGA